GGUCUCUGUUCCACCACAAUCCGAUCGAAAGUGCAACAUGGCCGGACUGCAGUCGUUCCUGUGCCCGAUCUCGUGCGAGAUCAUGCGCGACCCCGUGAUCGCGCGCGAUGGCCACUCGUACGAGCGGGCGCAGAUCACGCGCUGGUUCCAGUCGCACCGGCGGAGUCCCGUGACCAACGAAGAGCUGCCGUCCACGGAGCUUAUGCCCAACUACUCGCUCAAGCAAGCGAUCCUCGAGCACGAAGCCGCCACCGCGCCAUGCAGGACGACCAUUGCGACGCAGCAGCCAUCGGCGCCACCGCUCGAUGCGCCGCGUCGUCGGUCGCCGACGAGCCAGCAGCCGACCCGCAUCACCUUUGUGUGCCGCCUCCGGUCGCCCGUCGACAUUCUCUGGGUCGAUGAAGACGGCGUCGACGUCCCGUACAGCCACGUCGCACCCGAUAUGCUCUACACGCAAGACACGUACGCAGGCCACGUGUGGAAGAUCACGCAUGCCGGCGCGCUCCUCGACUACUACGAGGCGCCAUCGUGGCCAAGUGUCGUCGAGAUCCUCGACGUGCGGUCGCUGCGCGUGUCCUCCGAUACUACAGUGCCGACGCCGAUCGUUGUCGAGUUUCUCAAUGCGACCGCAGUUGCGAUCGCUCUCGUGUGGCAGACCUCCAACGACACGGAUGUCCCGUACAUGACCUUGGCGCCGGGCCAGUCGUACGAGCAAAUCACAUAUGCGCACCACAUGUGGAAGGCGCUUGACGUGCGGUCCAAUGCGCUGCUCGUGCGGCUUUGCACCACGACGCAAAGCGAGCACGUGACGAUCCGCGGCACCAGAAGCCUUGUCCGUCGCCCCAUCUGACACGGCCUGUUUGGAAAUUUUACUGAUGAAAAAUCAAACGUGUCGUCGUUUCCACCAGAAUAUUGUCGUAUACAACAAGGG